AAUCUUGGAGAAAUUCAUGACCACUGCGCGUCAACAUAUUUAUAGAGCCUUUCAUUGGGAAAGCUUGGAGAGUGUGAACAGAAAGGGAGGAGGGUGCGAGCUACCAGGAGGGAGGAGGCACCAGCGAUACGAGAGGCAAGGACUAGAAGCCCUGAAAUCACACCAGUGAAGACCAGCGUAGCCGUCUCACUCACUCUCGCGGAGCCUGGAGGAGCGAUAGAGAUUUAUCUGGAGUGCAGCACAUAUUGACAGCAGCAAGCAAGCCAGGCCUGGGGGAAACAGAGGGCUACAUGCAACUUUCUCUUUAGCUUUUGCCAAGACCUGAACACACAAGUGCACCAUGGAUUUUGUGAUGAAGCAAGCUCUGGGCGGGGCCACCAAAGACAUGGGGAAGAUGCUAGGAGGGGAGGAGGAGAAGGACCCUGACGCGCAGGCGAAGGAGGAGGAGAGGCAGGAGGCCCUGCGGCAGCAGGAGGAUGAGAGGAAGGCCAAGCACUCUCGCAUGGAGGCCGAGAGGGAGAAAGUACGGCAGACCAUCAGGGACAAGUACGGCCUGAAGAAGAAGGAGGAGAAAGAGGCAGAGGAAAAGGCAGCCAUGGAGCAGGCGUGCGAGGGCUCCCUGACGCGUCAGAAGAAGGCCAUCCCUGCCGGCUGCGGAGACGAAGAUGAGGACGACGACGAGAGCAUCCUGGACACUGUCCUGAAAUUCCUGCCCGGGCCACUGCAGGACAUGUUCAAGAAGUAACGGUCACGGGACUGUGCUCCAGGCUGGCAGGAAGGAGACAGGUGGGGGGUUGAAGAGCUAGAGAAGAGGCUCACAGAGCCAGGAGAGAGAGGGGGAAAGGAGUGGGAGGAGAGCUGGACAGGGGGGGUUGUUCUUGCCAAACUGUGGAAGGCUCAUCACUGCCUUGACGUGAUUUCUGACGUUCCGUUUUCAUUUUGAUGUUCUAAUUAUUUUUUAAUAAUUAUUAUUUACUUUCUUCUUGAACCACACCCUAUACGCCCCUCUUUUCACAGCUAAUUAGUCUUUGAAUGGCCAUUCAGGUUGAAAUUGUUUACACUUCAUGAAUAUUUCUCCUAUAUAUAUAUAUAUCUAACUCUUUUCUGUUCACUAAUAUGCCACACCAUCAGGACUUCUAACAGAUUUGUCGGUCAUUGAUACUAUGACACGAAAGGUUGGAGUUAGACUGCAGGCGUGAAGCUGAUUGGGUUAGAUGGAGCUCAUGAUACGUAUCCCAUAGUGCACUUCUGUCAGAGGCACAGGUGACAAAAAUCACAAUGCAUGAGCUCCUUCUAUGGUGACCAGUGGGGUGGUGUUGUUUCUUCGAAUAGCUUUUUUGUGUUUAUGGGCUGUGCAAGGAGAUUGUGAUGCUUAAGGGGUGUAGCAGCUCAGACUGUGCCUUCAAAUCAUUUCCUUUUGCUUAAGGGAGUUUUCUCUGAAGGUGUGGCCUGCAGAUCCCUUCUGUGUAAGAAUGCAUUCCUUUUUUGUGUGCUUUAGGAUAUACAUUUGACACUAUUUCAAAAGUAUGUACAUACUUUUAUGUUAUCUCUCCUAUAGAUGGUAGAAUGUUGUAAUAACAUUUAGAUUGAUUGAUCCGAUGGGAAAAAAGUAAAUAUAUUGCAAAAAUAUUGUAAUAUAUUUAAGUUCCAUUUACAAGACAGCGAGAGAGGUCUACAAGCCUUUUAAGGCCAUAAGUGUUUGGUUUGCCUCCAAGUCCAUAUACUUCAUGAAGGAUUCCCUCCACAAAACAAUUUAUUUGCCUGUCAGAACCUAAUAUUGACUGAACCAUUAACCGUAGUUUUAAAUGCACAAGUUUCAAAAAUGGUACUUAUUGCAGGGGAGGAAAGGCACACUUAUAAAACAGCAGUUUUCAGUGUGUGUUUGGAGGACAGACUCUUGACUCUAGGAGACAUGAGGCCUAGAGAUAGCCUAGUACAGCCUGUUUCACAUGUCUGUGUGGGGAAAUAAAUCACUGCCUUUUUUUAAAACAAAAAAUCAACAGUACAAAGGGAACUAAAUCUUUUGAAAAUAUUAGUAAUCUCAUACAAAAAAAAUCAUCAUUCCACGUUUUAGAUACAUUUACUAUUGUAAUAACACAAAUAAACAUCAAUUGAUUGGUCACGCUAGAGCCACCCUUGUAGAUUAGCCUGCUAGCGUGUGUAGUUCUUACCUAGAGGUGGCUAGUCCCACAGUCCCAGAGACAAUCAGACGUAAGCCCACUGCCAAACGGUGGAUCAAGCCGAUAAAUGAUGUCAUCUCACCCGUCAAAUACAUUUCAUGAAAAUCAAAUGCUGUCCUUUCUUGUUCUAAAAAUCUCCAAACGUUCGGUCCGAGCUGGCUAAUCUGAGGCUAGAUAGCCUAUUAAAAUACCAUUGUAGUGUUGUCAGAGUGAAUGUGUGGCAUUGGCACAUCUCAGUGACUUAAAACAUCGUACUCAUACCCUUCUAAUAAACACCUAACAGGUUGUUUUUUUAGAUAGAAAAACAUGUCACUGACUCUGACACAAGGUACUGUACCCUGCCACCUCUAGGUAAAUGAGUGAAUGCCCCAUAUUAGCGCUAUCUGGGUUUUGAAGCAGAAUCAGAAUUAGAUGUAGUUGUCAUUUUGUUGUGUUAAGUGCCACUCUAAGGACUACAUGAAGAAAUGUUUACUUGUUUCACCUUAGUGCAAUCUAGGCUGGUAUGACUCUUAAGCCAACAGUAGUUUUGGACCAACUUCAUGGUUGACUCUUUGAAUAGUAACGAUCCACUCAUCACUGAUCGAAGAGAAGAGGUUCUGUUGGAUGAAAACAUGCAUGCCAAGACCAAAGAGAGAGUGAAAAAACAGAUAAUUUGUUUAGUUUGGAUCAGGUCAGUUAAGUCAAAUGGUCAAGAUAUGUUGCACUGCUUACCACAGAAAACACAGAAAAUAGGCUGAGGUGUCUGAAGAAAAGUGCUCACGGCUUUAGAUAUGAGUACUAAUGACAGUAAGCUGGUCCUGAAUGUUUCGCAUUUGUAAAUUAAAUAUAAAAAACAUUGAAAUAACUUUAAAAGUUAGGGCAUAAUAGGAGAUAAUUCAAAUUGAGAAUGACAGUAGAGAAAAUGAAUAAUGACUAAUUGGAAACUAGACAUUUAGACUGCGGCAAAAAUGAACAAUGAAAAAUUUAGUGCUGCUGUAUUCUGAGAACUUAGGGAGGCAAAAGGAUUACAGAUAUUUGCAAGGCAACUGUCAGAGGACAUUUUUGAGAGAAAUGGACUUUAGCUUCAACCUCAAACAUUCUGAUAUGCCUAAUGAUUCAGCCAUGCCUCUAUGGUGUAAAUAAAAAAUAGUUUGUUGAGAUUUUCAUGGCAACUUGACUCUACUUGCUCACUGCCAUUUUGACUGACAACAUGGACACAUUUAUCUUCUGUGAGUAACAACAGAAUCCACCAAGGCAAACUGCUUUAACUUUUUUUUUGUUGGUAUUUUAGGACUGGCUGGUUGCAAAAACUCCGACAAGCCGAGUGUGCUGUCUACAUUCAAUCUAAAAGAAAUUCCCUCAGUUUACAGAGUCGGGAGGAAGAGAGGAAAGAAUGACUUCCUAUGAUUACAUGAAUGUUUAAAAUUGUUUAUAUUACCUGGCAGCACCUCAGUCCGAGUGGCCAACAUAUAUGUGAUUUGCUCACUGGAUCCUUUUAAAACCAUAGCUAAUGGUUCAUUUAUUUAUUUCAGUUACAAAUAGAAUGGCAUAAAAUUGUAUAAAGCAACCAAUUUCAAUUCUAUAAAUAUUUUCAAUUUUAGCUAAAAGAGCAGUCCUCGAGUAUGUUUUAUAGUACUGACAGAAAUUUGAUUUUUUUGUAGCUCUCCAAGGUUUUUCACUAGUUAAAGCCAUAUUGUUUAGACUGCAAUAAUUAUCAAAAUCAGUGAAUAUGUAAAUCAACAUGAGAAACCUUUUCAUGUCUUUGUUUCCUGUUUUAAAAAACAUACACAUAAAAAAAGAAUCUACCUAUCUGUCUAACCCUCUCACCAUUUAUGUGUGGGUGUGCAUACGUAAAACAAACACACUCCGACGUUUAUGUCAAGAUUGAAAAAAAGGAAAUAGAACAGAAAAAAAAAAUCUUAAAACAGAAGCCAUUGUGAUAAUGUCUACUCUCUGUACUACGUGUUACUGUAUGUGAGCGUGUACGUGUCUCUCUGUCCGUGUUGGUGGCGUGAAUCUAUGUUCUUGGUUUCCGUUGUCUCUGUGUGUGUGCUGUAGGUGUGUCUCUUUAAUCCCUCUCGUGGGGAGAGAUUCGGUGCCAGAUCUCUGCGGUGGUGGCAUGGCGACGGCUCUCGCACUGUCACAUGGCUUACUGUGCCCCGUGCAUGCUAACUGUAGGAACUUUGGUCAGGAUGCCAAAAAACAACAAGUGAAAAAAAAAAAAGAAAGAAAAGAAAACGCCCAAAUGUUAUGAUGCUGUCCUGUACUGUGUGGCGGUAUCCCUGCAACAGAACCUGUCUUUCGAAUGUAGAACACGUUGAAAACAACUCAGUUGUGAGUUGAGUUGAGAUCAGAGUUGGAUUAAGCUUUUAGUGAUAUCGCUAAUAGUACUAAAUUAGCUUUAAGCUUACGGAGGGGUAAAACCAUGGAGUUGACAUAGUUAGUGAGCCCUAACGAUGUCGCUAAUGCUAAUGCACUAGCAGCUGUGUGAAGAAUGCCAUUAUGGUGCUGCCCUGUGUUUUCUCGUUGAGCUGUGGAGUCAGUUUUGGAGUCAGGAUGUUUGGCCAGGCCCCCGUUGUCCCUCGAUCAUCACUCAUCACUUUCAUUCCACCUCUUUGAACAAAAGAGUAUUACUUUAGUUAGUUAGGAAGCCCAUUUCAGAUACUCUACAAUCAGUGAAUUGUCUUUAAAAAGUCAAAUAUGAGACAACAGACCUUAACCCUAACAUUCACCUCACACAGACUUCAGUCACCACAAGCUACUUGACCUGUGCCUGUGUCAACUGAUAGUUGCAGGACAAACAAAAUGGGCUGUCCAAAUAUAGUAGGACAGAGAAAGGAGAGCAGAUUUACAUCUGUUCUCAUUCUCCAUUCAAAAUACAUCUAUUGGGGUGAAAGGUCUGAACACUGAUGAUUACUUUGUCUCUUACAUGUUAUGAGAUAUAUAACACUAUGAGAUAUUUUGCGAUAUAAGAACAGAUACCUGAUGUGUUUAGAGGCAGUGGUCCUCUUUUUGGCCGCUGUUUGGCAUCUCAUUCAACUCACAGGCAUGCCAAAUCAUUAAGUCAUUUACAUGAUCAUCCCAUGUACGAAUGCCAUUAAUCCUUUUUAAUACCACCCUUGUUUUAUUAACACAUACUGGGGAAAAGGGCUGAACAUGUCGUGAAUACAACCUUGGCUGCUUUCGUGUUUGUUUUGGGUCUUCUUUCUAUGUUAUGCUUUGCGACAGAAUGGCAGAAUGAGUUAUCUGUGAAUCUAAGCAGGACUCCCAGCCUGAUUUCUCCUCAGAGUGCUAAUGGCAGUUUGUAGUUGGCCUGUACUCUCAUGGUGCAACUCGCUGCUUUUUGUUGGACUUAUUUCAAAUGGUCCAGCCCAGUGCUCUUCUCUCCUCUCAGCUCCUCUUAGCUCCUCUCCUCUCCUCUCCUCUCCUCUCCUCUCCUCUCACCAAUAUCUCCCCUCUCCUUUAGAGCUUGGCAGCAGAGAGAGAAAGUUGCAGGCCUGGCCAUCUGCUGCAGGAGAUAUCCUCUUUCUGAAGCGCCCAACAGUGGCUGUCCUUAAAGGACACUUCAGCGAGACAAGAUGGCUAGUCUUAGAUUAGUACCUGACGAUAAAUAACGAAUGAGAAGGGGCGGGGGGGGGGGGGAGGGGAGAGAAAAGAGAAACUUGACACAUAGGCGCCACUUUUAUUUACAUUUUCCACGCUAAGCAUAGAAAGUGCUCAGUUCUGUAUUUUAUUUGGGCCUUGCAUUGAGAUUCUCUCUCUUUCUCUCUCUCUCCCUCCUUUCCUUACCCUCCCUCUCUCUCUCUCUCUUUCUCUCUUGCUCUCUCACUCUCUAUCUCAGGCACACAUAUUCUCUCUUGUUGCAGCCAUUUUCUCAAACACGUCAGUUGUGAGUUUGUGCCUGAGGUGUCUGUGUUCUCCGUUUGCUUUGCCUUGCCAGUGAGAUUCCCAUGAGCUUCUCCUCUUGUCAUUUCUCAGAAUAGCAAGCAAAGUCCAACAGUUCCUAAGGAAAGGAAUAACAGCCAUAUUAUGAAAUGUGUGUAGGCGUUCAUCUCUUUCUAGUCUGAAGGCACACAGUAGCAUGUGAGUUGCCUUGACAAAGGGCUAUUAUCAUUGCAUCUCCUCAUUGAUGGUUACAUCUCCCAUUAAUAUCCAUUCAUAUCAUGACGAGGCGACAUGAUCUGGGGGCUAGAUUAAGUGGAGAAUUUGGUAAACAUACACGAAAAGGUUGGUUUUUGGAGGCAUUUUUGGUGCUACAAUCACUGCAGAUGUCAUUCAAAUGGCUAUGGUUCCUAUUUUGUGGUCACUCUUAACAGCGUUUACUAAAAUCUUGCUUCUAUUUGAGACCUUCAGAACUUGGAUUUGCCACAAGGGAAUGGUCGAGGGGUUAUCAGCAGUUCAUUCACGGGCAGAGACAAUUGCAGGAAGCAUCUGUUUUAGUGUCAGUUGUUACUGGAGGUUCAUAGGGGGUACUUGGUUUAAGGCAGAAACCAAUGAAGGAAGUAAAGAGAGUUGUGGCACUUCGGAGACAGUGAUGGUAUUUAAAAUGGAGGAUUAUUAAGGCAGCUUCUGUUGUCAGGGUUACAAAGCACUACAAGCACUGGAAGUCCAAACAAGGAGAAGGCUGAAUUGUCUUAUGCAUAACAAAAAAUGUUGGUAAACACAAAAUUCAAAUAGUGGAGAAAAAAAUCAAACAAACAAAUAGCGUGUUUUAAACCUGAGCUACAUGUCUGUUAGGUCAGAAUAAAAAAAAAAAGACGACGUCUUCAGCAUAGUUACACAAGUGACAUAGUGCAAGUACAACGAGACCUGUAUUUAACGUUGAUCAUUUAUAAAUGUCGAUUUUGUCUUGCAAUGAUAAGGAUGUGAGUAGAGUGUGUGCUAGGGGGACAUGAAGCUAGCAGAUGACAUUACAGAGAAAAAAAAGACAAUUUUUUAGCCCUUUCAACUUUAUCGUGUCAAAUUCAGAGCAUUGCUGUAUGUUCUGUCCGUGCUUUCAAGCUCAAUGCAAUGAAAAAAGUGAAUGAACUUUAAAUAGCAAGUGCAAUGUAUAUUUAACACAGGGCACAAACUGACAAGUAUUUAGCCUCUUAAGAUUCAUAGUAAAUGCGAUUAAGUUAUUUCUGUCAUUUUCUAUUGAGUGAAUAACUGGCUUACGCCCUUGCCAACUGUUUCACCGAGACUGGGUUGAUGAAAAUUAAAUUAGUUUACGAGAGUUUUAGAAGGACCCUAUACUGGCUGCUUUCUAAACACACACACACACACACACAAAACAAGUAAAUCCACUUAUUUUUACAUGUUCCAGCUCGAAACUAGCCACUGAGUCUUUUUUCCUGCCAGGGAGACCUUGUGUCGCUCGAACACUGUGCACACACACACACCCACACACAGACCUCCUCUCUCCCCCUCCCAGUUGCUAUCAUUCACAAGGCAUAAACUGCCACUGUGUGCCAUGGCCAAGCAUCUAACUGCCACAAAGAAAACAACACAUAAGCCAAGGCCCUGCUAGUAGGGGAUACGGUGACCACUGACCCCAAAAUACAUUCCAGUCUGUCAAGAUUUGCACUAGAAUAUCUUUGAAAUGACGGUUUGUUGUUUUCUUAGAGAAGAAACAUUGUCUCCAUUGGUUCAUGGCAUCACAUCCUGAGUUAUGUGCUGUGUUUAUGGUUGUGUGUUUCUUAAACAAGACAAUGAUAAAGUUGAAAGGCUUAAAAAUGUUUGAUGACCAAACUGGGGGGGAAAUAAUCCGUCAGUUUUUUUUUAUUCCAGGGGUACCGAAGCUGAGAAAGUGUGAACUCUUGUAUAUUUUUUUCUUUUAAUGCAUGUCAUAUAUUAUAUGUCGAACCAAAUCACUGUAGAAUUGUCUCAUCAAUGAAAAAGAAAUACUUUUUUGGAAAUGAAAUGCAUUACACAAAUAAAAUGAUUUAUAAAAAGA